AUAAUGAUUUUGGCCCCCCCUAAAAGCCUUGUGAGUUGUGAACUCAACCACAACAAACUGCAGUACAUUGAAUCCAGAGUUAGGCUGCUGUUUUCUUGAUGGAGUAAUAUUUUACUACUGUUUCAUAAUGUGAGCAGAUGGGUUGGUCAAAGAUGAAAUCUUGGGGUGGUUUGAGUUUCUGAGAAUGAUAGGUAUACUAUUUUAAGUGAGAAGGGAGCAGAGAACGUGCUUUUUUUUGUCUGGGUGUUCUUCAAACUUAACUCCACGCUUGUGGAGAAAAUCUAUGCUUUGAUUUAGGGGCCUUAUUAUUUGUUUCUAGUUAUCUACACCCUCUCACAUAAUUCCCUUUUGGAUUAGCAAACAAUUAGUAUUAUAACUUUUGGUCCGAGAGAGAGAGAGAGGGGGGGGGGUUUCUUUUCUCUUUGGAAUUUGGGGAAGGUUUCGCCUUUUGAGGUCUGCAGCAAGGCAUGCUUUGCUCCUCCCAUCAUGGAAUUAUGAAUACAAAUAAUAUUAGGCUCUUUCUUUGAGCAAACUCCUUCAACUUGGGGAUUUUCUUUUUUUGUUUUCUUCUUAUGCUGGGGUUUGUUCAAAUCUUCUCCUAGUGUGAAAUGUGGAUGAUGCUUGUAAUGAUAGACUGCCUUGAGCCGACGAAAGGCCUCUUCUUUGCAGGAAAAAGCGAGUCUUGAAAAGGUGUAGCAAAAAAGCUCAUGAGUGCGUGUCUUUUCUCGAUCUCUUAGAUUCCCCUUGUGUUUGAGGGAGUAAAAGGUGUGAAUUCUUAGUUGAGGUGAAAACUAAAAGGUUGGGUUUUGGAAGAUGGGUGAGAAAAGGCAAGGGUCCCAGAUGAUGGCUGUGAGGGGGAAUGAAGCAGAGGGGACUGAGAGAAAACAUUCUGCUCUACUGAAAUUCUGUUCUAAUCGUCGGGUUUUGGGAAUCUCGAUCUUGCUAAUGUUGUUUCUGAGUAAGAAUAUCUAUGAUCAUAUGGAUGAUGAGCAGCAGAAGAGGAGGAAGGAAGUUCUUGUAGGCAUGUGUGAUCAGAGGGCUAGGAUGUUGCAGGAUCAAUUUAGUGUUAGUGUUAAUCAUGUCCAUGCCCUUGCCAUCCUCGUCUCUACUUUUCAUUUUUACAAGAAUCCCUCUGCAAUUGAUCAGGAAACCUUUGCAGAAUACACAGCUAGAACAGCUUUUGAGAGGCCGUUAUUGAGUGGGGUGGCCUAUGCUCAGAGGAUUCUGAAUUCUGAAAGGGAAGAAUUCGAGAGGCAGCACGGAUGGACCAUUAGAACAAUGGAGGAAGAAGAGCCUUCCCCGAUUAGGGAUGAGUAUGCACCUGUGAUAUUCUCUCAAGAAACUGUUUCCUACAUUGAAUCGCUUGAUAUGAUGUCAGGGGAGUUCAUUUUGUCAACACAGGAGGACCGUGAAAACAUACUGAGGGCUCGAGCUACUGGUAAAGCAGUCCUUACUAGCCCAUUUAGGUUGCUAAACUCACAUCAUCUUGGGGUUGUUUUGACGUUUCCGGUUUACAAUUCCAAGCUUCCGCCUAACCCGACUGUGCAAGAGCGCAUUGAAGCAACGGCCGGGUACCUAGGUGGGGCCUUCGAUGUUGAGUCCCUUGUUGAGAAUCUACUUGGGCAACUUUCUGGGAACCAGGGGAUUGCUGUUAUUGUAUACGAUGUUACCAACUCUUCUGAUCGUUUGAUCAUGUAUGGCCAGCAAUCUCUAGAAAGUGAUAUGUCACUUAAGCAUGUGAGCAGGCUUAACUUCGGAGACCCAUUCCGCAGGCAUGAGAUGAUAUGUGGGUACCUUCAGGAGGCUCCAACAUCAUGGAUUGCGCUAACAACAUCAUUCUUUGUCUUCGUGAUUGGCAUCUUAGUUGCGUAUAUGAUAUAUAGCGCCGCUAUUCACAUUGUGAAAGUUGAAGAUGAUUUUCGUAAAAUGCAGGUUCUGAAAUCUCAAGCGGAAGCUGCAGAUAUAGCCAAAUCUCAGUUUUUGGCUACUGUUUCUCACGAAAUAAGAACUCCCAUGAACGGGAUCCUAGGCAUGCUACAGUUGCUAUUAGACACGGAGCUGAGUUCGGCGCAAAAGGACUUUGCUCAAACAGCUGAAGCUUGUGGAGAAGUACUGAUAACCUUGAUAAAUGAAGUGCUUGACAGGGCAAAGAUUGAAGCUCGCAGGUUGGAGCUUGAGGCUGUCCCGUUCGACAUUAGGUCGAUUCUAGAUGAUGUUUUGUCCUUAUUCUCUGAGAAAUCAAGGCAAAAGGGUGUCGAGUUGGCUGUUUUUGUGUCAGAUGAAGUGCCCGAAGUUGUUGUCGGGGAUCCAGGAAGAUUUAGGCAGGUCAUCACCAAUCUUGUUGGGAACUCAGUAAAAUUUACUGAGCAAGGACAUAUAUUUGUUCAAGUCCUUUUGGCUGCACAAGCAAAGUCAGUUAUGGAUGCGGAGACUGAAAUAUGCACGAAUGGAGAAUCUGAGUGCAAAGUGCAAUCUUGCAUUCGACAGUACAAUACACUGAGCGGUAGACAAGCUGCAGAUGACCGCAGCAGCUGGGUAACCAAUAAACAUUUAGAUGAUGAAUCUGGUGAUGCUUCGUGUACUGUGAUGAAUGGUGAUGCUUCGACAACUGUGAUGAAUGGUGAUGCUUCUCACGGUGUUGCCUUGAUGGUAUGUGUCGAAGAUACUGGGAUCGGUAUCCCUGAACAAGCACAAAAGCGGGUGUUCACACCGUUUAUGCAGGCGGACAGCUCAACUUCUAGAAAUUACGGUGGAACUGGUAUUGGGUUGAGCAUUAGCAAAUGUCUAGUUGAGCUGAUGGGUGGUCAAAUGGACUUCAAAAGCCGUCCUCAAGUAGGAAGCACGUUCUUCUUCGCUGUUGAGUUUAGGAGCUGUGAGAAUAAUUUGAUUGUAAAUCUGAAGAAAUCUCUUUCCGAUGAUCUGCCUAACUCGUUUAAAGGGAUAAAAGCACUUAUAGUUGAUGGCAAACCGGUUAGAGCUGCUGUCACAAAGUACCACUUGAAGCGAAUCGGUAUUCAGGCCCAGACCGUUGGUAGCAUCGCUAAGGCAGUUGCAGUUUUCGGAAAAUACUGCUCUCUGAUUUCUAGAGAUGAAAAGCCGCCAGAUGUAUUACUCGUUGAAAAGGAUUUGUGGAUUCCCGGUGAAGAAUAUGACAUGAUGCAGUUAUCGAGCUGGAGAAAAAAUGGCCAUUUGUAUAAACUCCCAAAGAUGGUCCUUCUUGCAACCAACAUCACAGCUGCCGAGUGUGAGAAAGUGAAGGUGGCUGGAUUUGAAGAUACGGUCAUCAUGAAACCUCUGAGAGCGAGUAUGGUGGCUGCGUGCUUGCAGCAAGUAUUGGGGAUUGGUAAAAAAAAGCCGCACGGGAAGGAAUUGCUGAACAGAAGUAUCGGUAAAUCUGGCUUGCUAUCUGGCAAGAAGUUUCUGGUGGUUGAUGAUAACGUGGUGAACCGUAGAGUUGCUGCCGGUGCCCUAAAAAAAUUCGGUGCAGAAGUGCACUGCGCUUCAAGUGGCCAAGAGGCUCUGAAGUUGCUCCAAAUACCACAUGAGUUCAGUGCCUGCUUCAUGGAUAUUCAGAUGCCUGAAAUGGACGGGUUUCAGGCGACCACUCUUAUUCGGGAAAUGGAGCGUAGAGCAAAUGCACACGUAAACGGAGAGUGCACCACGGAAGGAGAGGCAAGGAAGGGUGAGUGGCACAUCCCAAUAUUGGCGAUGACAGCUGACGUCAUACACGCCACGCUAGAGAAAUGUUUGAAGAUUGGCAUGGAUGGAUAUGUAUCGAAACCUUUCCAGGAGAAGAGUCUGUACGAGGCUGUGGCGAAAUUCUUCGAACCAAAGGAAACCGUAAACUCUUCUUGAUUCAUCUAUCCGACAGUGCCACUGCCAGCAAUUUUUGCUCAUUCUGCUGCCUGUGGAUUCGCUGAAACGGACGCUUGCUUCGACUCCGUUUGCAACGCGUGGUUGUAUGUAUAUUUACUAGGGAAAGAUGUAAAUGUUUGAGGGGGUUUCACAGCCUAGGUCAAGAAGCGAUUUGGUCUCUGUAGAAAAUCAUCGUAUAUGAAUGUUGUGUUGUAGAAUUAGUUUAAAGCAUGUAAGCGAUAGUUGUUGCCAUUCAUAAUCACAACUCUUUGUUUGCAUAUUCAA